AGGAGCGAGAAGCAACCAGCAAGGGAAAUGCACCCUGACCCGAGACGACCGCUUCGAGUCCCAAAACGAAACUGGUUCCAAAGAAAUCCCCGCAGUGUAGGAGAAUCGCAGUGUUGUUAGUUCCUUUUGCCGUACGGUGCUUCGCAAUGGAAUCAGUGAAACGGGCCAACCAGCGGCUUCGCAGUUAUCCGCUGUUAAUGGCCAAGUGCUCAGUUGCCGCUGCCGCGUACGCUACAUGCGUGACAACCGAUCUUAAUGUAGCGCAUCGUUCAUGCGAUAAAGAAUUUAACAACUUCAAAGAGUGCAUGAGGAAAGCCGCUAUCGAAAUGAAAACAAAGCUGUAGAAAGUUGACUUGUGUGAACGAAGCUAACAAACGUAGAAAUUAGUUUAGAUAACGAAUGCCGCAAACACUAACCUAGGGGAUAGUUUCAUAAACACACCACCAACUGUGAAGUGCGCAUAAAAAUGUCAUUCAAAAAGCAUCUCAUUAUCAGUA